AUGCUCAGCCGGCUGAUGAGCGGCAGCAGCAGGAGCCUGGAGCGCGACUACAGCUGCACGGUGCGCCUCCUGGACGACAGCGAGUACUCCUGCACCAUCCAGAGAGAUGCCAAAGGUCAGUACCUGUUUGAUCUCCUUUGCCAUCACUUAAACCUCCUGGAGAAAGACUACUUUGGGAUCCGCUUUGUAGACCCAGACAAGCAAAGGCACUGGUUGGAAUUCACAAAGUCUGUUGUAAAGCAAAUACGAUCGCAGCCUCCGUUCACCAUGUGCUUCAGGGUGAAAUUCUACCCCACUGACCCUGCUGCUCUGAAAGAGGAAAUCACCAGGUAUCUCGUCUUCUUGCAGAUCAAAAGAGAUCUCUAUCAUGGCCGCCUCCUGUGCAAGACGUCAGAUGCUGCUCUGUUAGCUGCCUAUAUCCUUCAAGCUGAGAUUGGUGACUACGACCCUGGAAAGCACCCUGAGGGUUAUAGCUCCAAAUUCCAGUUUUUCCCAAAGCAUUCAGAAAAGCUGGAAAGGAAAAUUGCAGAGAUCCACAAGAUUGAGCUCAGUGGUCAGACACCAGCUACUUCAGAAUUAAACUUUUUAAGGAAAGCUCAGACCUUGGAGACGUAUGGGGUUGACCCACAUCCAUGCAAGGAUGUGUCUGGAAAUGCGGCCUUUCUGGCGUUCACUCCCUUUGGCUUUGUUGUCCUGCAGGGAAACAAGCGAGUCCACUUCAUUAAAUGGAAUGAAGUGACAAAAAUGAAAUUUGAAGGCAAGACGUUCUAUUUAUAUGUAAGUCAGAAAGAGGAAAAGAAAAUUUUUCUGACAUACUUUGCUCCAACUCCUGAAGCUUGCAAGCAUCUCUGGAAAUGCGGGAUUGAAAACCAAGCCUUUUAUAAAUUGGAAAAGUCAAGCCAAGUUCGUACAGUAUCCAGCAGCAAUUUAUUUUUCAAAGGGAGUCGGUUCCGAUACAGUGGCCGAGUUGCAAAGGAAGUGAUGGAAUCUAGUGCCAAGAUCAAGAGGGAGCCUCCAGAAAUACACAGGGCAGGACUUGUACCUAGCCGCAGCUGUCCUUCUAUUACUCACGGGCCACGGCUAAGCAGUGUCCCCAGGACCCGAAGGAGAGCUGUGCACAUCUCUAUCAUGGAAGGCCUCGAGUCUCUGCGGGACAGCGCCCACUCGACCCCCGUGCGAUCAGCCUCCCACGGUGACGCCUUCUUGCCCCAUUCGCGGGCCAGCAGGGCCGAGAGCAGCGAGCGCGUGGCGAUCAUCUCGGACGAGAUCUACAGCCCUUCCGACAGCGUGCUCCCCACGCCGGUAGCAGAGCAGAGUCUUGAGCUGAUGCUGCUUUCCAGGCAGAUCAACGGCGCCCCUUGCAGCAUAGAGGAAGAAAAGGAGUCUGAAGCCAACACACCCACGGUGGCCGAGGCAGAGGAGCUGGGAGGGGAACUCCGGGCCUUGUGUCAGGGUGUGGGCAGCCGUGGCGGAGCACAAGCAGAACAGGUGAAUAAGUUUGUCUUAAGUGUCCUCCGUUUGCUCCUUGUGACAGUCGGACUCCUCUUUGUUUUGCUCCUUCUCCUGAUCAUCCUUACCGAGUCUGACCUUGACAUUGCCUUUUUCCGUGAUAUUCGUCAGACCCCUGAGUUUGAACAAUUCCAUUAUCAAUACUUUUGUCCCCUCAGGCGAUGGUUUGCCUGCAAAAUCCGCUCCGUGCUCAGCCUGCUCAUUGACACCUGAAGGCAGGACUCCUCCUAGUAACUAGCCAGGUGGAACGCAGAAGAUCCCAGCUACCCGUUCCCAGAAAAUGGGACGCAUCGUGGCACCAUCGGCACAUAAAAUAAGUCCUCCUUUCAUGAAACAAAGUAUACUGCGGCCUAGGAGAGUUGUUUCCAAGCAGAAGAAAGGGAUACUCAUGCCAGAUUCAGACAAAUACACAUUUCUUUACAGGUCCUUGUCCUGGAGAAUUCUUCGACAGGCCCGCUUUCCAAUUUUUAAAUUAUUCUGCUCUCUUCAAGUUUUGUUUUAGCUGUCAUAGAGGUGUUCAUUUCAAAAACUUCAAGUAAAGAGAGUUUAUUUUAUUACUACUAUUAUUGCAUUAAAUGCCAGCCUCCAGCUGGGACACUAGUUCAAGAAGACAGCUAUUACUUUAUGCAGGAGCUUUUGUAAUGGUGCUACUGAGUUGUAAUUUUAAUAUUAUAGUACUAUUAUUUUAUUAAAACUGCCACUGUGCACAGCACUACCAGCUUAAAUGUAGUCAUUUGAAAAAAAAGUGUGAUCUUGCGAUCUUACCAAUAAACUUCUGGCCGAAUUUGGAGCACUGGGAGUGGGACGUAAGAUUCCGAGACCACAUGAUCAUCCCGCAUUUUAAAUUCUUUUCAAGCAAUAGGGAGGCAUGAGACAAGGAGGUCAGCAGUUGAGGUGUAAAACUAUUUCUCCCCCUUAGCAUGGAAAGGUGUGACUUUGAGAACCUUCUUUUUGUGAAUUUAGGAUCCCAGAGUUACAAAACUUUAGAAAAGUUAAGACCCCAAAUAAAGCAAGAGUUAGUAUACAGGGAGAGUAAAUAUAUGUAUUUGAUUAUAUUUGGCCAAGUCUUACUAUAUAGGUAGUAGUUAUCAUCUGGAUUUCUUCAAAAGACAUUUUGCCUCAGAAAGCUGUACUUGUUUUUGUACUGCAAAAGAACUUGUUUUGACCUAUAUUUUAAAAACAAAAUGCUAUUUUGUUAAUGAGCAAACCAAGUCUUUUUUACUUUAUGAAUUGGGAAAAUAUGACGUGGUAUAGUGGUGGGGUAAACAAAAGAUUAUGAAUAUGUUUUUUUAAGAAUGGAAUUUGAACAGCAUAAUUGCCCAUUCAUAGUUUCUGGAGGAAGGAAAAAAGUGUUAUCUUGGGCCAUUUAAAAUGAUAAAGAGAAUAGAAAUUACUUAAGUGGAUGUAACAAUGAAAUGAAAACAAGUAAAACAAUCUGACCAACACUGUCUCCAAAUUGAAGGGAAUUCAGAA